GUGAUUUUGUGUGUUUCAAUGGUGGCUCCUCCACCCCUUUACUGUUAGUGUUAUUUUUCGGAGAGCUUCUGGAAAAACUGCUAUACCACAGUGAGGAACUUGUGAGUGAGAGGCAGGAGUAAAGCUAUUUUGCCUAGUUCUCCCUUCUCAAGGUGCAACGAAUGUGACUUGCAAUUGCAGUGCAAUCACGUUGCAUUAUUUUGUCUAGCGAAGCGCGAUUUUUUGAAGCCCAGAGUGUAGCACCGCUGACUAGAUGGGACAGUUUUGGAGCUGACUUGCCUGGUGUUGAAAAGCAAAUUCAAACCUCGUUCAGUGUGUGAAACCCUUGCCCCGAGUGAAAUGUCCAAAUGUUGCGACGGAAUUUCACCAAUCGAAUUCAAUAGUGUGAAAUGUAUAACAAUACGUGGAUAUAAAUAUUUAUAGAUAUCAAAGCGAAACAGAAGAAAUUUGUAUGUUUGUUUUCGGAUCGUAAAUUCGAAUCCAGUGUAUAUAUUUAAAAACAAGUUAACGGAAGAGGAAGGAGUCACGAAAUAUAAGAUUAGUUUACAAUGAAAUGCUUCAAGUGACCUUAGUUACAACAGAGUUUUGAAGCAAAAAAACAAGCGACCAGAGAGAAAGAGUGCAAUGAAAAAAGGUAUUAAUAUUAUAUGUAGUAAUGAAACAUGCUACUAACCAGGCGAUAAGUUGCAGUUGAUUGAAUGAAACAUGUGAAAACAUCAAAGCUCAGUGCAAGUAUACACACAGUUUAGUGCCGUUCACACUGAGCGUGGAAUAGUUACAAAAGUAGGAAAGACGAAGACCAUAAAAUUGUUUCCUUAAUCUGACAACAUAGUUUAUACGAAACAACAAUUACGUUAAAACUAACCAUCAAUACUAAAGUGCGCGUAAAUAGAAAAAAAAUCGCUCGAGUGUAAAUAGAACUUAGAUGCAAUUCCGACUAUCUCAAACUUUGUGGAUUAUAUUGAAAAUAAAAACUGAUUUUUCGCAUGUGAAAGUUACACCGCUCCAACACCAUGGAAAUUUUUCGUAGAAGUUAGUUGCAGCUGGUAACGAUGCAGCAUGCGAGCUUUUUGCACUGUAAGCGCACCCUUAGAGGUUUGCGCACCACCGUCCCGCCCUCUACCUCCGGGCACAAGAUUUCUAGCUUUAAAACUAUUAGGAACGCCACAACCACGCACACUCUACUUCCUAGUCGAAGCAAAAAGUCGCGUCCGCGAAGUAUACGCACAAACAUGCCAUCACUUUUCCAAGCAGGGAAUGCUGGACACCGAACUGUUCGGACUAGCCGUGCUGAUAGAUGGCGAGUAUCUGUUUGCCGAUCCCGAAAGCAAACUAUCCAAGUACGGUCCGAAAAGUUGGCGAUCUUCGCACACACACGGCCUCGACGCAAACGGGAAGCCUCUCCUGGAGCUACACUUCCGCGUGCAGUUCUACAUCGAGAGCCCGUUAAUGCUGAGAGAUGAAGUAUCGCGCCAUAAUUACUACCUGCAGCUCAAGUACAACGCCGUUAAUCGGGAUCUACCGAAAGAAUGCUCGGAGCAAUCGUUGCUUCUGCUCGGUGGUCUAUCGUUGCAGGCUGACCUCGGAGACUGUCAAGAUGAGAACGGCAGCCAGAUCUGUGGCAGUAGUAGCACAGCCAGUGCAACCAGCAACGGUGGCAACACCACUGGUGGGAGCACUAGCACAAAUAAUACCAUUAGCAACAGCGUGACCAUCAAUAACAACAACAGUAGUAGCAGUAGCAGCAGCAGCAACGGCGGCAGCGGUAGCAACAGUAGCAACAGUAGCAGUUGCAACAUCAGCAACUCCAAUUCUGGUAGCGGGGAAUAUUUCCGACCAGAAGAAUACAUUAACCCGGCGCUUCGUACAGCUUGGGGCAUCUCAGCUCUUACUUCUUGCCAUCGUGAAAACCGUGGAAUGUCUCGGGCUGAUGCUGAAACGCACUACAUCCGUGAGGCGUGCCAUCUUAACGAAGUCAUCAACGCUCACGUGUUCCAUAUGAAACUGUCGAAAAAUGAAGUUGGUAUGGGUUCGGUAUUGCUCAGCAUCUACGCGAAGGGAAUACGGAUCGCUGUUGAGAACUCGACGACGACCACCUUCAACUGGCCUAGCAUUGGGAAGCUGAGCUUCGAUCGGAAAAAGUUCGAAAUCCGAUCCGGAGAUAGCAAGAUAACACUGUACUCGGUCAAUGACGACAAAAACAAAAUGAUAUUAGCUUUGUGCAGGGAAACGCAUCAAUUUUCUAUGAAAAUUGCCCCACGACUUACAGAAGCGAUCAAACGAGAGGAGGAGGAAAGUAGCUGUAUUCACGGGUAUCCUUAUCUCUACUCACGUGCGCUGAAUCUCCCGUAUAAAAGCAAAAGCGAUCAGCGAAUUUCGGUCAUUUCGAGUACCAGUUCCAACACAACCUCCGGGAUUGUGAGCGAUCGAGUUCAUUCCGAGGAUGAACUGGAAAUCAUUAUCAAUACACCACCCUCGGCAACCAUAGCAGCUCCAUCGACGGAGAGUCUUGCGCUUGCACAUCUGCUGGACUGUCCUAGUGUAAGCCGACAAACCUCCUCGGUGGGUCAAGUGUCGAUAAAAGACCUCGAAGGUACCCUAGCUGCUCUGUCUGUACGUUCCAAUGCCACUAUUCGUUCAGCGAGUAGUGACAGUACGGAAGCAAAGGAAAGAUCCGUCAAGGAUUGCGAGUCGUCGCCCUCUUCGCAGCACAACAUAGGGUCACAAUGUUCGUCAACGUGCAGUACCGUCGUUGUGGCCAACGAUUGCAUAAGCUUACCUCAAACUAAUGUCAACGGCACAAUUGAACGACGUCAAACGUCCACCUGCAGCAGUCUCGAGCUCGGUUAUAGUCACACUGCUCAAAAUAGCACCCUGAGUGUAGCGACCAGCACCUGUCUGGACCAUGACAUUAACGAGGAGGAAGAGGAAACCAAUUCCGGUGUGUACACCCUAACUCACGCACCACCAACGGAAACUAGUGGAGUUUAUACGAUGAACAGCAGUGAGAUGACAGGGCAAUCGUCAGAAAUCGCCGAAUCGGAGUCUCACGAGAGUUCACACUAUGGAAGCUUUCAGCCUUGUCAGAGCGAAAUGGCAGAACCUCUUGAGCCGGUAGAUUCCGUGGACGGUGAUUUCCGACCUCGUCUGGACAGUAAUAUGAACGAAUUCCGUUUACGGUCGGAUUCUAACAUCUCGGCUGCAGGGUCGUUUCGAGGUGAUGGUAGUGAUCCAACGGAUAACAAACAUUCUUUACUCAGCGCCGAAGAAUUGACGGAUCUGAUUGUUGGACGCGGAACUUACCCUACAAGAAAAACAGUAAGCCACACGCUCGAUUCGGAUUGCGACUACGUAACGUUGCCACUACCAUUAGAGGGGGAAAGCUAUCUACAGGGUAGUGAAGAUACGGCCCCUACAGAAGACGAGUAUGACGACGAUGUUCUACCUCCUGCUCCUCCCAAACGGAUUGACAGCAACAUGCCAACACAACGGCAAUCCCUUUUGAAUUUGGCUUGCGCGAACGAUUCUCCUCCUCCUCCACCGCCAUACAACGCUCACCAUGAAACAACGGGACUUCGUGGGCCUGACAUUCGAUCUGACGAAGCACCCGUAAUUCCUCUACGGGAUCCACCUCCCUACCCGCAAAAACCAACCAGUAUGGUACGGGAAAGGCCAGUGCCGGUUCCAAUCAUGCCAACAUCUAGCAAAACCUGUCUCCCAGCACCACCAGUCUCGGAAGAAGUGCCGGCCCGGUUCAUCACGACAAGGCCUCAAAUCAACAUCCUGAAAGCUCAUACCAGCAUUGUAGGGGAAACGCCAAAGCCUAGCUUCGCAGCGCCCACAGUCAACAAUAUUAGUAACCUUUCACAGUCACCAAUACCUGCAGUAGUGGCCGCUGCUUCGUCGACGGCCAGCGCAAUCGGUAUUCCGGUUGUACCGUAUCAUAAAAGCAUUACCUCGCCUCCGCCACCAUAUCCGGAAAUGCCAAAACCACCUCAUCGGACCUGCGUCUUACUUCCUGUAAUCAAACCCCGACAGUACCACCCACCACCUCCGCCGACUAUACCACGACAACCACCACCACCCCCACCAACACACGCCCUGGCAACAGUCUACACGGGUCAGCUGGCGCGAUCGCAGAUCGAACUUUACCAGCAACAACUCUACAGCGAUGUAGACUAUGUAAUAUAUCCCAUCCAAGAUCCUUCCAUUAGUCAGCAGGAGUAUCUGGAUGCAAAGCAAGGUUCGAUUCUGGCUGCGAUGGCUCAAAGCCCACCUCCUCCUCCAUACCUAGCCUAUCACACUGUACGAGCACACAACCGCAGCUGGGAUGCCUGUAAAAACCAUGCUAUCUAUCGCAGUACACCCUACCUGUCGAUGGCCCUAUCCUCCAACUCCCGUUAUGCUUCAACGCAAAACCUCUCGGAUACGUACGUACAAUUACCGGGAGCCUAUUCGCCGUUGUACAGCCCCUCGGUUGCCAGUUUGUGCUCUUCGUACGAACCUCCACCACCUCCCCCGCUAAGACCGCGGCCCAUUUCGAGUAGCUCAUCCUCCAUGUUCAUCCGUUCACGAUCCGACGACAACAUCCUCAACUCAGUAGAAAGUACACCGAAAAUUCGUCGACUCCCGCCGCCUCCUCCACCACCGUACGAAACCCGCAAAGCCAUCCGUAAACCACCGAUUCCGCUUCCGAUGGCCGAGAAGCAAACACCACCCGCCGCAGCCUCCGCUAAAGUGACAUCACCAGUCGAAAAUCCCCCAGAAGUACCCGCGAAACCCAUGCCCACGAAGCCAACCGGUCCGAGCGCCAAGCUGCAAGCACAGAUCAGGAAACAGUAUCCUGAUUUCGACUUUAGCACCCUCAGCACAAACACUUCCAUCGACAUCAAAACCCUUCGGGAAAAAAGCAAAAAUUUGGAUCUCCCCCUUAUAUCCGCCCUGAUGCACGACCGCUCGCUGCUCAAGCAAACGCGUGCCUUCGUUAUGCCCAAACAUCCCAGCAAAGUUGCUAGUAACGUCAAUUCCCCUAGCAACCCGAUCACGCCCGCCAGCCCCAACCAGCAGAGUCUGCUGGUUGCCCACAAGUCCAAAUAUCCGGUGUCCGGUCUCAGCACCACCCAGCUCGCCAAACCACGCAAAUCGUCGGCCGUUAGCCAUCGGCAUCCAAAUGACAAAUUACCUCCGCUACCUGGUCAGACAGCAACCGAGGGUAAUAACUACGUUAUGGACCCGACACCGGCCAAACAGAAGAGCUACAGCUCUUCGCAACCCAGUGCCUGAUCCUGGUCGGUUGACAUAUGCUAUUGACAUUAUUGUCAGCGCCACCAGAUUGGAACAAUCCACGGAAAAUGAUAGACUUUCACGAUCGGAAACACAUUGUGUCAUGCUAAAGCUAAGCUAAAUAGAGUUUUUUUGUCAUUUUAGUUGCAUUUUAAUAAAAUGGACCAUAACAAUUUUUGUUUGCUAGUAAGAAAUCGACAACCUUCAUGAAGGUUUUUGCCCAACCCCCAAACAAUGUCAUAAUAGUGACUAUCGUCGUCAGACAUAACCUCCAAGAAAAAAAAAACACAUUUGCAACGUUCCAACCCACACGUUCCCACAUGUUUUGUAAAUUCCCCCGAAGCUCUACGAUCAGAUAAAGCGAUCGAUAAAACAACAGCAAUUUUGGAUUUAGAUAGAAAACAGUGUCGUACUGCAGAGUAGUCAUAAAUCAAAAUAUUUUCUUUUAGAGGAAAUUACUCAGGAUUCUUAUUAACAAAAAAAAAACAAGUUCUUUUAGGCAAAAUUAGUUCUGUUGUAUUUUGAUAGUUAUAAAGAAAAAUCUAAAUAAUGUAAAUAGGACUUCGAGGAGAUAUGAAAUGAAACGCAGCACAUUCAAACAUAAGAAAUUAUCUUUCGGGUUGAAGUUCUUUCCUAAACUGUUUUUUUUUGGCAUGAUUAGAAAAUCACGGGUGUUGAUCCUGCAAGGCAUCAACCCACAAUAUCCAUGCAAGUCGUGCCAAAUUUACUCGCUAAGUAGUUCGCAAAAGAAAAAAAAGAGAAAAAAAUCAUACAUUCUUGAACAGCUAGUAUAGAUAGAGUAUAUAGAAUGCCACACAAGGAGGACAAGACUAAUGACUAGAAUAAAAACAAGAAGUAAAGUAAAAGCAAUAAAACUUUCUUUUCGAAAUGUUUACAAACAAUCUGUAUAGAUAAGUAUUCGUCGGUCGCGAUGAUGAGAGAAAGACCCCUGCUUGUUUUUUUUCGAGAGUAAAGUAAAGUAAAGCAAAAAAUCUGAACACAAAAAAUGGAAUUCUACACUCAAAGUGAGUCGCCAUAUUUAUUUAAUACCCGAACGGAACAGAAUGGAAACGAAAAACAUGAGUGCAUGUGUGAUAGGAAACAUUUUAUGCAGUUUGGAAAUGAAUUGAACACACAAAAAACACCACACAGACACAGGGGCAAGUAAAUGAUAAUGGUACGUUUUUGCUCAAAUUACCUACUGUAGGAAUAUUGGUAUAUAAGUAAUUGAGGUGCACAAGCGCAUUGGUUUAGGAUAGUGUUGAAUUUUAUUUAAACCGAUAUUUUAUUUUUAUUUUUUUCUUUGUUUGGAGAGCGAAGCGAUGAUGGUAUCAAUCAAACGUAGGGAAACUACUGACAAAAAAACACGAGUACGAACUGUUGUAGGGACUAGUAAAGUAAUCGUUAUGUUUUUCCUAUAGAUAUUUUUAAUAGAUUUUUAUUAACAUUCUCUCUGCUCUAUACAACACAGCUAUGGUUGAUAUAUGUACAGAACAAUUUAGGGUGUAAAGUAAAGCUACUUGUAGGUUAGUUAUUAUUUGAAUUUUCUUCUUUAUAAGAAAAAAUCCACAAAAUAAAAUCAAAACUGAAU